AUGAAAACAAUAUUUGUUUGCCUCCUACUCGUUAUUGCCAACUCAGUGACUCUUCAUUGCCGUGGUGGCGAUGACGAACAGAGAGUAGCUUUUAAGGAGAAAAAUGUAAAUACAGAAAAGGGGGUAGAGGAAAGGCUUAUUAAAAGUGAUGUGUACGGUAUUGGGAAUGGCUCCAUUGAGGGGUCGGCCAAUGGCCGUACUUUCAGAAUAUUAAAUGCGGGAGCAAACGGAAGUAGCCAUGGGAACGGCGAUGGAAGUAACCCGUACGACAGUGAUAACUCGGAUGACUCAGAUGAUGAAGAUGAAGAAGAAGACAGUGACGAGAACAAUUUUGAAGUGCCCAUAAACUGCACAGAUGGAGAAUGUCUGAACUCCAUGGAUGAUAUUAACAAAAUAAUUGAUGAUAAAAAAAAAAAAUUAAAAAACAGGAGGAGGACAGGAAAAGCUGUGCAGAUAAUAAAACCAAAUGUAAAUCAUACCGAACUGAUAAUUAUUGAAGAAAAUUUAGAAAUCCUGAAAAGUAUUGAAAAGCCAAUCGCCAUUGUUUCCGUUUUGGGAGACAUGCACACAGGAAAGUCCUUUCUGCUAAAUUUGCUGAACGAACACGUGGUGAAAGACGUGAGUAAAAGUGAAAAAACUAUUGAAAAAGGAUUUAAAGUAGGAAAUGACAUCACGGCUAGUACAUACGGUAUAUGGAUUUGGUCCGAGCCAAUUAAAAUCACCGUAGAAAAAUUAAAAAAAAUGUAUGACUAUAUUGAUAAUAAUUUCACCAACUUUGUAAAAAAUUAUGAAUAUGAAAAGGAUGAAUAUAAUGAAGAAAUUAUAGAUUUGCUAAAUUUGUACAAGACAGAUGAUUGGAUAGCUAAAAUUGAUGAAUUAAAUUUGGCCGAGUCAGAAGAAGUGAAUUUAAUCUUAAUGGAUACACAGGGGUUGAACAGCCCAAAUGUGAAUAAGCGCUAUGAUGAAAUAUUGUACGCCCUUACAAAUUUAAUAUCAACCGAUAUUAUCUUUCUUACCAUGAAGAUGAUUAACAAUAAGGAUUUGGAAUUUAUUGAAAAUAUUACGAAGGAUGCUAAUUUGUUUAUGCUCAGAGCGUACACCCGAUCGAAUGGGUCCACAUUUUCUAUAAAGAAAAAUAAUUUUGAUAAAAUUUUAGACCAUAUGGAUCAUAUAGAAAAUAAUUCUUUAAUAUUGGAAAGCAUUGCUUCGAAGAAUUUGAUGUGGGUGGUCCACGAUUUCAGUCAACGGCUCGAUGUGCGAAAGGGGAAGUUGUGGUUAGACAUUCUGUUAAACUCUGACCGAAGAGACCUAGACAUCAAAUAUUGGAAAAAAAUCAUCUCCAAUAAAAGCAAGGAGAAGUACGAUGCAUAUACGACAAAGCAGAAAAAAAUCGCUUACCUAAGUUACUCCGAUAGUGCUGGUGCUACAAAUUAUGGUGGUGACCAAAGUGGAAGCGCUGUGGUGGAAACGUCCUCCAAUUACAAAUUAAACGUUCUAUACAAAAACAUAGAUUGUGUAUUGCUACGAAAUAUGUACAAUAAUAAGGAGUUCGAUUUUACGAAUGCAAAUUUGGCCGACCUGAAUGAUGAGUACAAGAAUGAUGUGAUUUUAUUAAGAUAUAAAAUUUACCUGAGAGCCCUGCUCUUUCCAAAGAAAACGUAUUCUAAUGUGCAGAUGAAUUACUUAAUGGCAAAAAUUAGGAAGGAACAGCAGAUGCGCAAUCAGAAGGAGGACAAGGGUGGUGCAGCAGCGGCUGCAAAAAAAAACACUGAUGAGGGAGAGAGUAGUAGCAGCAGUUAUGGCACCGAGAUGAGCAAUAGAUACAUGUCGGGCCAGGAUGUGUACGACUUUAUCACAUUUUUAGUCCGAUCAGCUAACCAAAACCUCUUCACAAAUGUGAAUCAAUUUUUUAAACAAUUCAAAAUUAAUAGGGCAGAAAUUAGCAGAAAUGAUUUGGUAUUUCUAUACAAAAAAUAUCUCCUACAAUUUAUGGAAAAUGAGGAUGUCGAAUUUAUUAGCUACAUGAAUGACGAGGGGGAUGAUUUGGAAAAUAAUAUGGGAAAUAAAUUCAGUUCACAUGAAAGGAAGAGCGCUUUUGAAGAGGAAGAACUUUUCAGCGAUGACUUCCCGGAGGAAGAAAAAAAAAGUACAGAGGAGCGAACCGAUAUGUAUAAACUUCCCCCACUACUGAACGAAAUUAAGAAGUACGAAGAACUGAUAAGGGAACAAAUUUUAAACAUCUGGUAUAAGUACACAGAAAGUGAUUUCCAUGAUGAUGAGGAGAAGGAGCUAAUUAAAGAUAUUGAAACAAAUUUGUAUGAAAGGUUAGACCAAAUAAAAAACGAAAUGAUCGAAUUGGGAGAAGCAAAUAUUAAAAAGUUUUGUAAAAUUGCAUGUGAAGAUGCGUUGCAAAUUGUCGUGGAGGAUAUAAAAAUGAAGAGUGACCAGUAUCCCAUCAAGCAGAAAGAUCUUAUGAAUUUCUUCGAAUCAGUUAGCUAUAAUUUGUUGAAGUAUUUAGAAAAAAAACUCUCCAAAAGUUCAGAAAAAUUAGAUUUAAUAUAUUAUAAGGAUGAAAUUUGCAGCCCCUUGAUAAACAGCACCUUCCAAGAAUUUUAUUAUUUAAAAAAAAAAAACAUUACAUUGAAUGAAAACCGUCUCAAGUCUCAUUUUUCCAAUGCAGUAGCAAAGGGGAAGGAAGUGUUCGAAAUGUUAGCAGAAAGUACUGAAAACAUAACUGAAUAUUUUAAGAGCAAGAAUUUAUUUUAUGCCAUUUUGGACAAGUGGAAUGCCGAAGCGGUUAAUGUGUAUAUGACCUCGUUGAGCGAUUUUUCAAAGGAGGAAAAAGAAAUCAGUGAUGAGUAUCUGAUCAUUCUCGAUAACGAUAUAAAACUUCUGAAACAAAAGGCCAUGGAGAAGUGGCACAAUCAUUGUAAAGACAAAACGAACGCUCUGCUCAACAUGCAUAAAGGUAAUUUGAAGAAAAAUUUCCUCGAAAAUUUCAAUUUCCCACUGGACGAACUAGUACUGCAAGAUAUAUUUCUAAGCCUCAAAGGGCAGGAAGAAAUGAAGUACAUGGAUAUCUACUGCUCCAAUGAAGAGUCCUGGCAAGGGGAGUACAAACAAUUUCUCCUACUCACAGAUGAGGUAUACAAAUUUAUAAAGGAUGAAAAUUUGAAAGCUAUUCAGAUAACCUGUCAGCAGCCCUUGGACGAUUUAAAAAAUGGAAUAGCACACGAAAUUCAUAAGUACUACAUGUGGAGGUCGCUAAAAAAUGAACUCUACAAUAGAGCACUGGAUGUACUCUCCAGUAACAUUGAAAAUAUUUAUCUGAAAAAUCAAAGGGAAAAUAAAAUACAAGCAUCUAUAGAGGAAAAACUGAGCACGAAAAAUACACACUAUAGAAGAAUUUCCAAAGAUUUAAUGAGUAAAGUUAUAAACAGGUGGUUAAAUAAUGACAUAUACAAUAUAUAUUACCCUAUUAUAAGGAAGCAGUUGAUACAUAGAAUUAUUUGCUACUUGGGUAUGGUGAUUUUAUUGUUUAUCACAUGUCUCGUGUUGUACUUUAAAAAAUUCCACAUUAGUUUUUUCUUUUUAAUAAUAAUUUCGCUCUUUAUGAUAUUUGGAUAUGCUCAGAUAUCUUUAUACAUGAAGAAAUUCUUCCGACAUGUGGUUUUCUAUUUUUACGAAGGAAUUGCAAAUGUCUUUGGAACAGAGGGGGCCAUAAUUUUCACCAUUUUGUUCAUCAGUGUAACUGCUAUUUACCUGUACAACUAUCACAUUGUCCGGAUUAAGAAUAAGGUGGCAAAAGGUACAAAGAAAAUUUUCCAGUCCCAAAAUCUUAUGAACCUGUCAGGCAUGAAUGGAAUGAAAGAUAUGAAUGGCAGUCUCAAGUCGAGAAUAUUCAAACCGAAUAUAAUGAAGUAUUCCGAUUAUGACAAUAGGGAUGGAAAGUUCCUCACGUCUAACCUCACGCAGGAUUACAAGAUGCACAAUGAUCCCUCGCAGUUCAUGGACCUCAAGAGUAGGGGAAAUCGAAUCAACAAGAUGGACGACUACCCACCGUAUAGCAACCCGAGCAAGUUUCAGCGCCGCUCCUACUUGGAUUAG